AUGGCGAAACUCACACUCAGAGCUGAGAGCUCGUGCUUAUUUUCACCCACCACAAGCUCACAGUCGCAGCCCUCAUCCUUCGUCUCCUCAUUCCGACGACGUCGUUUGCUUUGCUUCCCUCCGAAGCAUAACUUGGAAUUCAGAGUCUUCUGCAGCAUUAAAGAGAAAGAAAGCAUCAAAGAAGCUAAGAGAGUGAAUGGAGUCCCCGUCGAUAAGGUCCAACGGGCGGGUUCGGAUUCUGAGGGUGAUUCGGGUCUGGAAAGUGGGUCUGGGGAAGUGGGUUUUGAUUGGGAUUGGCCUCCGUGGAAGAACAUACCUCGCAGAUACAAACUCAUCGGCACCACUUCACUUGCCUUCGUUAUCUGUAACAUGGAUAAGGUAGUACUGGCUCUGCUCCUAGCUUUGUUACUAUUUCUCUCGCUGACCCAUAUUCAACGAACAAGUGAACUUGAGUAUUGCUAUAAUUCCAAUGUCGCAUCAGUUGGGUUGGAGUUCGUCCGAGGCUGGAUUGGUUCAAUCUUCGUUCUUUUGGGGCUAUGCGUUGAGUCAGUUGCCUGGGGGUUGGCUUGCCAAGAUAUUUGGUGGGAGAAAGUUCUUGAGAUUGGAGUAUUAACUUGGUCAUUGGCUACAGCACUUGUCCCUCUUGUUGCUGGAUUUACACCUGGUUUAGUUGUUUCUAGAAUUUUGGUAGGAAUUGGAGAAGGCGUUUCCCCAUCUGCUGCAACUGACCUUAUUGCCAGGUCAAUACCUUUGGAAGAGCGCUCACGGGCUGUAGCUUUUGUCUUUGGUGGUUUGAGUGUAGGAAGUGUUGCAGGGCUACUUCUGGCUCCGCCCCUUAUCCAAAAUCUUGGCUGGGAAUCUGUAUUUUACAUAUUUUCCCUUUUGGGGAUUGGUUGGUAUGUGGGGUUUCAGUUUCUUGAAGGACAAGCCUCAUGGGUGGGUGAAUCAAUUCCACGGUCCCAGUCAACAGAUAUGAAAAAAACAUGGAGUACUAAAGAAUUCGGUGACUCAUUGAAGGAUGUACCAUGGAAGGAAUUCUUCCGAAAUCAAGCUGUAUGGGCAAUGAUAUAUGCUCAUUUUUGUGGAAGUUGGGGUCAUUAUACUUGCCUAGCAUGGCUUCCCACCUAUUUUAGUGAGGAGCUGAACCUGAAUUUGACAGAAGCUGCGUGGGUCUCUAUCCUUCCUCCAUUGGCUUCAAUCUUUGUGACGAGCAUUGCCUCGCAAUUUGCUGAUAACUUGAUUUCUAGUGGAGUUCAAACUACUACGGUCCGAAAAAUUUGCCAAACAAUUGCCUUUUUAUCUCCUGCAGCUUGCAUGACUCUUUCCUCUCUUGAUCUAGGAUUGCCCCAUUGGGAAGUUGUGGGGAUUAUAACUGGUGGUUUAGCCCUCUCAAGCUUUGCCUUGUCAGGAUUGUAUUGUACCCAUCAAGACAUGUCACCCGAAUAUGCAAGUAUACUUCUGGGUAUUACCAACACUGUUGGGGCCGUACCUGGAAUAAUAGGUGUUGCCCUCACUGGCUAUCUUCUUGAUUCAACUCAUUCGUGGAGUAUUUCAUUGUUCAUUCCAUCGAUAUUUUUCUACCUGACUGGUACAGUUAUUUGGUUGGUGUUUGCCAGCAGUAAGCCUCAAACCUUUUCAAAGACAGACUGA